AUGGAGGAAGAAGAAAACAACCAGCUGGCAUUCGUGGAUGUCCUCGGUGGUGGUGGCCCAAAAACUAAAGUGUCCAGGAAAGACAACAACUGUGCAAAUACUGAACUUCAACAGCAACCACCCAAUCCUUCAAAAAUGGAGCUGCGUAAAAGCACUUUACGGUGCGUUGAAACGCAUUACAGCGAAGUGGAAAACAAAAUUGCUGAAUUACAACAUCUUCGACGGGUACUGAGAGCGAAUGGCUACCCGCGCAAUUUUGUCAACCAACGCAUACGCAAACGAGAGAAGAAGCCACAUCCAAGUGGCCCUACAGUUUGGUGA